CAUCCCAGGUGGCGGUAUGGACACUGCACAAGGCCACUCUGCUGCUAGCCUCCUCUUUUGGACUCAAACACGGGACUCAAAAGACGGACUUGCCGCUGUACAUGUGCCUUUAUUUUCUUAUUUUUACUCUCAUUUUAGUAGACUCUAUAGAGUUUGAUAGCAACCUCUGACAUUUCGUCUUUUGUCAUCAGGGGAAUUCUGGAAGUUCUUUUGUAACGUAAUAAGGAUUGCUGUAACUUGCACGUCUAUAACAAAUGAUAGAAGCAAAUGUGAUCCCCCUUUGUGUGAAAAACCUUGGUGAAGGUAAAUACCUCUCUCCCCCUGUAAUAUACCCCUCCUUCACAAUGUGUGGAUGUUUCAGUGUUCCAUUGCUCAUCGGCCCAUUUCUGCGUCAAUGUGGACACAUAGACUGACUGGGGGAUAACUGACAGUUGUAAAAUGUGUUUUUGCACACGAUUUGUAAAAGAAACACCCCCUAAGUGACAAAUCAUGGCAAAAAAAGAAGCAUGUUGAUAUGUUCUAGAUACAUUUUGAAAUUACUGAAAUGUGCCUUGAAGAAUGUUGCAUCUCAUUUUACACCAUGUACUCAAAGAGCAGUUGUUUACCUCAGGUAAACGGUUAGGGGCCGAAAUGUAUCAUUCUACCCAAAAGUGAGGCCAUUAUUACUUGCAGUAAGAUCAAUGUAAAGGUCAGAGGUUUUUAGAAAGCCAGUUCUUAUGCACUUUGAAGCACAAGGACUGCUAAUACCUAUUUUGAUAGAAUCUCCAAUAACUCAUUUUCUGGUCUAGAAACAUAUCAACUAACAGUUGUAUUGACGACUUUCCCAUAUCAGAGUAGUGCUAAUGAUUGCAGAAUGUUUGUGCAUUGAAAUGUUUAUCAUCAAGGUGUUUUGUAAUGUGGACAUGAAUAUAAUCACACGUAGAUUAAAUUCUAAAAAGUUGUUCCUUCAUACCAUCCAUCAGUUAAACAAUGCCAUGACACAAUAAAAUGUAUGAAAACAUUGAAACGUGUACAAUUCGUCUUGAAGCCCUGCUACCCCAGCCCACACGAGGGAGCUGUUUGAUUACGUGAAUUGAGAAGGCCACAACAACCGAAGCAUAGUAGCAGAGAAUAGUAGCCUUGCUAAGCUAGUGAGGCUAAACAACCGAGCAGAACUUCAGUUACAACAUGGCCAUCUCAAGGUUACCUCCUGCAGCGCUUACCCUUAAGCAGUUUUUACAGAGGCAGAAGGUUUUAGGUUUGUACAGAAACAUGAUGAGGACUAUAAGGCAGGUACCUGACGAGGGGGACCGAAAAUACCUGAAAGACUGGGCACGGGACGAAUUCAAAAGGAACAAGACUGCCACAAAUCAGGACGCGAUCCGUAUGAUGAUCACACAAGCAAACAAUCAUCUUGAAGAUCUACAGAAAUCUCUUGCGUUGGCUGGUAGAAGCUAGCUUGCUAAAAAGGUGACAGGCAUUGGAUGCCUUAAGACACUGCGGGUGCUCAUCUGAGAGCAAGCUCUGCGACUCUUCAUUGAGCGAGGAUGUGCUGGAUUAAUACCUCAUCGCCUGGCAAGAGAGGGACUUGGAACUCAAAAUACAUUUGCGAGGCGAACUCGUCCCUCCCCAAACCCUGACACACUCUGUGGUGCGCAGUGUGACUGAGAAAUAUUAUGUUAUAAUAUAUAAGUGAUAAGAAGAGUAGUGAAUUCGUUAUGCUCUUACAGUUUACUAUCAAUUCAUAUUGCGACUAUUCUGCAAGACUAACAGUUAAUUUCUGUGCACUUUACAUGAUACAUUGUAGCAUGUUAUGUUCUUGUCGAAUAUAUUUUGCAACUGGCAAACAAUGAAAUUUCACCUUUUUUUAUAAAAUACAUUUGAUUUAUUUUCGCCAAGCUUUAUCACAUAUAAUCCAUAUUGAUAUUAUCAACGAACAUUAUACAACUCAUCAUCAUAAACAAAACCAAUGACAUGACCACUACAUAAAAAAGACAGUAUAUAGAGUAAUACUGCAGGAUGCGCAUCAGCCAUCUUGUCAUGCAAUGGGAUCUCGUGUCAACAUAAAUCAAA